CCUUCGAUACAUAUCCAUGGACGCCUUCCUGACUCAACUGCAUGCGCAGCCGCUGAUCUUCACGGAUGGAAGCGUUCCGUUCGCUUAUGAAGCCAUGACCACUCGUCUCCCUAAUCUCCUCAACGACAUGGCAGACCAGAACUCCAAACCCCAUCCGCACAAGACGCUUCCGGCCGACGCGAUCGCUGCCUUACGAACGCUUGCGGCGAAUGUGGGCGCGAAUGGUGCAAUUCCCGCGCUUUCUGAUCCAUCGAGCGACCCCACGUGGCAUGCUGACUGGAAGCUGCAUGGGGAAGGGCGUACUUGGCACAAUGCAGCGUGGUUCUUCGCGGAAGCGUACCUAUUCCGAUUGGUGCUCGACGUGACGGGGUAUGCUGUUCAUGGGAUCGAUCCCUACCAUUGCCAGAAGAUGGCCGAGCUCGAUGACCCGACGCCGUGGCGGUUGCUCGAAUCCGCGGCCGCCCUCCACGACACCAUCGACGACACGACUGCCGACGAGUCGUUGGGCGUGCUUCUCAAGCUCAGUUUGUGGGGCAACAAGGCCGACGGCGCGUACAAGCAGGUCAAGGACUCCAUCCGAGGCACCCAUGCGACGCUGGACAUUGACGACGCGUACCUGCUGGCCGACGAUUCCGCGGCGGUGAUCCAACAUUUGGCGACGCACAAAUCCAAGCCCGUGCACUUUAUCAACGACAAUUGCGGCACGGAAAUCCUGUUGGAUCUGGCGCUCGCCGACCAUUUGCUCACCCACAAGUGGACCCCGUCGAUUGUGCUGCAUACGAAGGCGGCGCCGACGUACAUUUCUGACGCGACGCCCCACGAUGUGUUGGAAACCAUUCACCUCAUGGGCCAUCCGUCUCGGUCGCCGCACGUACGCGCGCUGGCCGCCCGACUCCAAGCGCACGUCGACCACCACCGAUUGGUUCCCCAGUCGCACCUGUUUUGGAACCAAUACCGGUUCUACUUCGAACUCCCGGCAGACUUGAGCGCGGUGUUGGCAACGGCGGGUCUCGUCAUCUCCAAGGGAGACGCCAACUACCGCCGCUUCCUCGGCGACCGCCUCUGGCCCGCCACCACGCCCCUGCGCGCCGCCGCGCCUUUCUUUCCGACGUCAUUUGUGACGCUGCGCACGAUGAAGUCGGAUCCGGUGGUUGGAAUCGCCCCAGAAGUAGAAGCCAACCUGAACGAGGAAGACCCAAAGUGGCGCAUCAACGGCAAGCGCGGUGUCAUUCAAGCAGUGUUGAAGCAUUGAUCUGUCUUGCAACUGGAUCGUGGAGAUGCUAGGAUAUACUAGACCGGAUGGGGCACGUCUGUGAAAGUGAAUACAGACAGUAGAUGGCUUCGUGAUAUUAUGAAGUUUGCAUUCGCGACUGUUGCUUCUUGUCAAAUGGCAUAGAUAACGAUGGUAUAUUUUCG